CAAUUGGUUGUGGUGGAACUCUCAGGGAUUAUCGACCCAGACUUUCUGUUGAAGUGUAGAAAUGAGUGUAAAAUUGUGGGAAUAGACACUGAGCAGCCAAUUAUGCAGGUGGACAGAUGCGUGUUUGCUGGAGAGUAUGAAGGCCAGUGUUUCACUUAAUCAAGUGUUUUGUGCAACGGUUAUUACAGGGGAUGGAUGUGGAAGAAUAUAUCGUGGGCUAUUACUAGGCUGUGAAUACCAGGAAGCUCUUGGAUACACCCAUUUGCUUUGCUGGGCAACAGAUGUGUUGGGAACAUGUGUGAUAUUUGAAGAGACCUCUGAGCCAGAUCCUGAGUUGGAGGAUAAGCCAUCGCUUAGAUACAAAUGCCACACUGCAAAGAAGUUGCUAAUGAAGCGGACAUUCCUGACUGAGAAGAAGGAAGGAGAAGAGAGCACAGGAGGGGUGGAGUAUUUGAAGAUCAAAGAAAAUGAUUUCACACGAAGAGCUGGUCUGAUUUGCAGUUUCCUCCCAAACCGCAGCAGUUCGAAGGAUGAUGGUGGCAGAGCAACUUCCAAAGGGGCCCUCAAUCCUUUGGCAGUUCAGGACAAGGAGCUGUCAAAUGCCAGCUCAGGUUCAGAGGCUGAGGCCAGUGACCAUGAAAGUGCAGACCUAUGCCAAGAGCUGGAAAGUUUUACAGAUGACCAUGCUGGUGUGGGCUGUGAAAUGGAACCAGAUCCUAACAGGAGUGUAAGGGAACUUGAAGAGCAGAGAUCCAUGGAACAAGAUGGGAAGUGAGCAACUGCUUUCUUCUCUAUUCUUACUGAAGACAACAUUCCUAACUAUUUCAUUCCAUUGGAAACCUCCCCUCUCUUCGUGAAGGUGCUGUUACUUGCUGCUGUCACAUUGCCAUAGCACUGACAGUUCCCCAAUUUGUUACCUAACCACAAUAACCAUGGCAAUAACUAUUAGCAGGCUGUAUGACCAGAGUUUAUGUGGGCAGACUGGUCCUGUUCAUUUAUGCAUGCACUCUGGCAAGAAUGUGAUUAUGAGCUGGAGACAGCGUAAGAAAUCUUAAUCAUUUUUUAAAGUUGAAAUAUGUUCGGUAUUGCUUGUGGUUAGAUGGAGUAUUUUAAAGUAAUUGGUAGCUGUUCAGUGUUAAGGCUGUGAAUUUUCAUUUGUGAAUUGAUGAAUAUCUACAUACUAAAAUUUCAGAUUGGAAACUGGCCUGGCAUUAACUCUUGGAUUUGGCAAUACUUGUUUGAUUAGUUAACACCCAAAGAAGGUACAUUAUGUUUCUCCAGUUGAGCAGGGCUGGAAGUUUUCUCAACAAAUUCUGAGGUUUUCCGUACACUUCCUUCUCCUGCCUAGCCUAAGUCACUUAGCAUAAUAUUCCAGAAGUAAAGGAGAGGACUGAAGGGUUGAUGGAGCAAAGAUGUGCAGAUUGCAUUCCAUUCCUGAUGAGUUUACGUUCUCUAAUUUUUGACGUAAACAGUGUGAGUAGCAUAAUGAAUUAAGAACCUGAGACUGUAAAGAAUUAUUCAGCACGUGGGCUGCAGUUCUUCAAGAAGGUGUUUCAGAACUCUCACUGUUCUUUCUUUAUUUUUAUUCAUUUUUGGUUUGGAGCUGUGAACUGUGAGCUGAUAAAUGAUGGUGACAUUUGAGCUGUGAGCAGUAGCUUGUUUUUGUUUAAGAGAAGAACAAAGAAACUUAUUAAUUUAUGAGGCCAGGCCUGUAAGUUAUUUGCAGGUUGAUUCACGUUCAAAGAGUACUGUAGACAUUUUUGUUCCAGAGAAGCGUAAUGCUCAACGAGAUGGCAGGCAUAUGAAUGUUAACAGGCGCCAUCACAAAGAGGCCGGUGCCAAGCAAAAUAACAAAGAAAUAUUGAAAAAUAAACAGAAAGAGAAACCAAA